AUAUUUAGUUGGUUUAAAAUCGUUCACCAGUUAAUUACAUCGAAGACAACACGAUGGACGCAAAGGAGUUUCGUGAAUUUGGAUACGCGGCGGUUGACUUUAUAGCAGACUACAUGGAAAAUGUGCACGACAGACAAGUGCUACCCUCAGUUGAACCGGGAUAUUUACACAAUUUACUGCCGUCCAAUGUGCCAGAGCGAUCAGAAGACUGGAAAGAUGUAAUGCGAGAUGUGAACGAUAAAAUUUUGCCCGGUUUAACGCAUUGGCAGUCAAAUAAUUUUCACGCUUAUUAUCCGAGUCAAACUUCAUAUCCAAGCAUUGUCGGUGAUAUGAUUGCUAACGGUCUUGGAACGGUUUCGUUCAGUUGGAUUUGUAGUCCGGCUGUAACCGAGCUCGAAGUGAUUGUUGUUGAUUGGUUGGCCAAGUUUUUGGAUUUGCCGAAAUUUUUUUUGAAUUCAUCCGAGGGCCCAGGUGGUGGUUUGCUACAAGGCACUGCAAGUGAAUCGAUGUUAGUGGCAAUUUUGACGGCUCGUGAUCAAGCCGUUGAGCACUUGAAAUUAAAGCACCCAAACUUGAGCAAGAGUGAAAUCCGUGGCAAAUUGGUGAUGUACAGCAGUGAUCAAGGUAAUAGUUGUGUGGAAAAGACAAGUCGAUUAGCUGCCGUAUCGAUUCGCCUGUUGCCUGUUGAUAACAAUUUAACGUUACGUGGUGAAAAACUGCGUAUUGCCGUUGAAGACGACGUUAAAAAUGGGAAAUUCCCUUUUGCAUGUGUUGCAACGCUUGGCACAACCGGAACGUGUGCAUUCGAUAAUUUACUUGAAAUCGGUCCAAUUUGUCGAGAGCACAACAUUUGGUUACACAUUGACGCGGCCUAUGCUGGUUCUGCAUUAUGCUGCCCUGAAUUUCGAUCAUUGAUGCCGGGAAUCGAAUACGGUGACUCAUUCAACUUCAAUCUACACAAAUGGAUGAUGGUGAAUUUCGACUGCAGUGCCAUGUGGUUCAGAGACACCAGUAAAGUGGUCGAAGCAUUCACAGUCGAUCGAAUUUAUUUACAGCAUCAUUUUGAAAUUGGUUCAAAGGCACCGGAAUAUAGAAACUGGGAGAUUCCAUUGGGUCAUCGUUUUCGUGCGCUCAAAGUAUGGUUCACGCUUCGAAUCAUGGGCGCUGAAAAGAUUCGGGAAAAUAUUCGGAAUCAUGUUCGUUUGGCUGGUCAAUUUGCGGAGAUGAUUGCAAACGAUACACGAUUCGAAAUUAUUGGUAAACCAGUUCUGGGCUUGGUUUGCUUCAGGCUCAAAGGCAAUUGUGAGCUCACAAAACGACUGGUGGACAGUUUAACCGAACGCAAGAAAAUAUUUGUGAUUCGAGCACAAUGCCACGAGAAACUGGUGAUACGUUUCGUUGUUAAUGGUCUAAAACCGACUGAAAAAGACAUCGAAUAUGCCUGGAACGAAAUUCGAGCGCAAACUAACGAGAUUCUUAAGAAAAAUCACCGAAAGACUGUAGAAUUAAGCAAAAGUAAAUGUUUGGCGGAUUUCUGUUCAACGGUUCAUGUUUCGAAUAAUUUACCGCCAAAUCAACUGCUCUCAAUAGAAUAAGUUAGUCGUGUGUGUGCGUUGUUUUUGUGCCAAUUAAAAAUCAUUUGCGUAAAAUAAUUUGGGUUACGUUGUGUAUGUUUUUUCCACGUAUCACGUGAAUUGUUUAUAGUUUACAGCCCAAGGCCUAUCGAUCAAAAAUUCCCGGUUUUGUCUGGCGUCAUCAAAAUGUUACAAAAACUGACAUAAUUUCGACGUAGAAAUCCCCAUUUGUUUGUUUUGGAUUUUUUUUUUCCUGACCGAACAACAAAUGUAAUCAAGACAUGUAUUUCAGACAGGUUUCUUCGAAAAACGAAAAUCUAAAAGUAAUUUAGGUAACGUCUGACAACAAGUAAGAGAAGCUACUCAUUGGUAUUUGGAUAAGAUGAUGGAUUAUUUACU